UUACCACCAGCCACUUCCGCCAGGAGUCCCGGGAGGCUGGGAGGCAGAAAGCGGUCCUGUGGCGGCGGCCUCCUCCUUCCCGGCGCCCCGAGGCCGCGCUGCAGGCGAGUGGAGGUGCGGCCCCCGAGGGCGAGUUCCCCGGCCUGGGGUGAUCUGGAGGUGCGAGACCAAAGCCGGCCGGGUGGCCGCAGGCCUGGGGCGGGGUCCGGCCUGCUCGCCCCGGUCCCCGCCCCUCCGGCCACCGCAUCGGGUAACAUUCCGUGUAGCCUCGCUCCUCCGGGCUGCGGGGCGCCAUGGAGUUCGCCGAGCUCAUCAAGACUCCCCGGGUGGACAACGUGGUGCUGCACCGGCCCUUCUACCCGGCCGUGGAAGGGACCCUGUGCUUGACCGGGCAUCAUCUGAUCCUGUCCUCCCGCCAGGACAACACCGAGGAGCUGUGGCUCCUCCAUUCAAACAUCGAUGCCAUCGACAAGCGAUUUGUGGGACCCUUAGGUACCAUCAUCAUAAAAUGUAAAGACUUUCGAAUUAUUCAGUUGGAUAUUCCUGGAAUGGAAGAAUGUUUGAAUAUAGCCAGUUCUAUAGAGGCGUUGUCUACCCUGGACUCCAUCACUCUGAUGUACCCUUUUUUUUACCGGCCUAUGUUUGAAGUGAUAGAAGAUGGUUGGCAUUCUUUCCUUCCUGAGCAAGAGUUUGAACUCUACUCUUCAGCAACCAAUGAAUGGAGGUUAAGCUAUGUCAACAAGGACUUUGCUGUCUGCUCCUCUUACCCACCAAUCGUCAUAGUACCUAAGUCCAUUGAUGAUGAAGCACUUCGGAAGGUAGCUACCUUUCGUCAUGGAGGGCGCUUCCCAGUGCUUAGCUACUACCAUAAAAAGAAUGGGAUGGUAAUUAUGCGAAGUGGUCAGCCUCUCACAGGCACAAAUGGGAGGCGGUGCAAGGAAGAUGAGAAGCUGAUAAAUGCAACCCUUCGGGCAGGAAAGCGAGGCUAUAUCAUAGACACCAGAUCCCUAAAUGUAGCUCAGCAAGCCCGAGCCAAAGGAGGUGGCUUUGAACAGGAAGCACAUUAUCCCCAGUGGAGGCGGAUUCAUAAGUCAAUUGAGAGGUAUCACAUUCUUCAGGAGAGCCUAAUCAAACUUGUAGAAGCUUGUAAUGAUCAAUCUCAUAACAUGGACCGAUGGCUCAGUAAGCUGGAGGCUUCUAACUGGCUGACACACGUAAAAGAGAUUCUGACAACUGCCUGUCUGGCUGCUCAGUGUGUUGACAGGGAAGGAGCAUCCAUACUUAUCCACGGAACAGAAGGAACUGAUUCCACACUUCAGGUGACCUCUUUGGCCCAGAUCAUCUUGGAACCAAGAAGUAGGACCAUCCGUGGUUUUGAGGCUCUGAUAGAAAGAGAGUGGCUGCAGGCGGGCCACCCAUUCCAGCAGCGCUGUGCUCUGUCAGCCUACUGCAAUAGUAAGCAGAAGUGGGAGUCACCUGUGUUCCUUCUCUUCUUGGACUGUGUGUGGCAGAUACUUCGUCAAUUCCCAUGUUCUUUUGAAUUUAAUGAGAAUUUCCUCAUUAUGCUCUUUGAGCAUGCUUAUGCCUCACAGUUUGGAACAUUUCUGGGCAACAAUGAAAGUGAAAGAUGUAAGCUGAAGCUACAGCAAAAAACAAUGUCCCUGUGGUCCUGGGUCAAUCGCCCCAGUGAGCUGAGUCAAUUCACUAAUCCUCUCUUUGAAGCCAACAAUCUUGUCAUCUGGCCUUCAGUUGCUCCACAGAGUCUUCAACUCUGGGAAGGUAUUUUCCUACGGUGGAAUAGAUCCUCCAAAUAUUUGGAUGAAGCCUAUGAAGAGAUGGUUCACAUCAUUGAAUAUAACAAAGAGUUACAAGCAAAAGUCAAUAUCCUUCGGAGGCAGUUGGCAGAACUGGAGACUGAGGGUGGAACACAGGAGAGUCCCUAAAAGCUCUCCCCAUGCCUCUCAUAACGACCCGUACCCAUCUCUCUCUUCUUUUGCCCUUCAGUUCACCUUUACCCAGUGGACUUAGGGCUUUCAAUGAGGGAACCCUCUAAUGGAAUGGAUUUCUCAAUGCUUAUGAGUGAAAGGUACUAUAAUUACUCACAUUUCAUGUGGCCUGGUAGGCCUCUUCACUUUGAGAGCAGGAAGGAGGUGCUAGUCUAUUUUAUGUGAAAUAGGUGACCUACUUAAUGCCGUUCAUGUUACACAGCAUUUCAUCAGAAGCUUUUUUGUGUUCCAUUAGCAGAUCAUGCUGCAGACUAGUCUGUUUAAGGAAUACUAGUUGGUUUUUAAAAAGGAUCAUACUUUUCAAUACUCUAAACAUAAAAAAUUUUUUUUUCCAAAUGGAAAUGGUUGAUAAAGCCAGAAUUCCAUGUUUAGCAUGCCGUUUCCAAUAUCUUCAUGACAUAGAGCCAUUCUCUAUAACAAAGCUGAUUUCAUUCUCACACUGGUAUGUUAAGAAAGGCAAAUCUGUAUAUGUAUUAGGGUAGACAAUUUUUACAAGGACAACAGUCAUAGUCUUCUAACAGUUAUAUUAAGAGUAAUUUUGUUUUAACAGUAGACACUAAAAGAAUGUACAAUAUAGAAAUAAAGUAGGAAUUUGCUACGGAUGUGGUUUUGUUACUGUUGAGUUGGCUUCCUCAGGUUUUUGACCAUACAUGUUAAUUGUGUACCAAAUGCUGAGUGAGGAUCACAUUAAACCAUCAGUUAGAAUAGAGAUUUGUUACAGUUUAGCUUCAAAUAUGGUUUCCUUAAACCAGAGAUGCACUGCCCUUGUCUGGAGUUCUUAAUGCACUGGCUUAUGUAUAUAUGUGUGUGUUUUAUUAUGUUUUAUUUUAAAUAUUCUGAGAGUUUACUAAGGUUAAAACUUUCAUGUCAGCUGAAGCCUUUUGACAAUGUAUCUUGACUCUGCUGACUUGAUGAUUACAUGUUAGUUUUAAGCAGAUACACUUUUUUUAAUGCAGGGCUAUGGAAUGAAGCCAGGGUCUUAAGCAUGUGUAAUAUUACUGAGCCACCUCCCUGACCCAAAUUUUAUUUUACAUUAGUAAAGAGGAAGGAAGAGUUACCAAAGCACCACUCGACUAUCUGUGGAUUUCUCCUAGUGCUGCCCAUUGUGCCCUCAUUGGUGCCAGGGAUUGAACUCUGGGCCUCACAUGUGGAAUUAUGGGCUUUACUGAUGACCACCUCUUGGGCCCCCUAGUUAAACUGAACUAGAGGGGAAAGUUUAUGAACAAGGCACAGCUCUAUGUUUGUAACUGCAAAAAAAAAAAUUGAAAUGUUUUCAUGUUCUCAACAGUGAUGACUCUACUUGUGCUUUGACAAUUUAUGCCUGCACCCCUGAAAAUUUGCAGUCCUGUGUUCUCAUGGUACAAAUAUAGAUACAUACCUGCAUUCUGGCACUUCAUAUCUUAAUACUGUCAGUUCUAGUUUGCCUUUAAAAGGAUAGCUAAAGAGGAAUCUUUAAUACAAUUUCCCAGCUAUCGGUACAUUGCUAUGUAUGUUUUGAGUUAAAAGUGUAAUUAAAAGAAAAAAUUCUGGUAAAACCUUAUGACUAUUCUGAAACUUUUUAAAGUGGUCAUUACUUUUUCAUCACCAGUUGCCCCAACUUCAUCCUUUUCCUGCUUCUUCAGACUUGUGACAAAAGGCUGGACAACAGUCCCAUCAGAAUACAUUUUAUUUAUUUAUUUAUUUAUUCCUUUUUAUUGCCCUUGUUGUAGUUAUUAUUGCUGUUGUUAUUGAUGUUGUCGUUGUUGGAUAGGACAGAGAGAAAUAGAGAGAGGAGGGGAAGACAGAGGGGGGGGGGAGAGAAAGAUAGACACCUGCAGACCUGCUUCACUGCCUUUGAAUCGACUCCCCUGCAGGUGGGAAGCCAGGGGCUCGAACCGGUAUCCUUAUGCCAGUCCUUGCACUUUGUCCACCUGUGCUUAACUACUGUGCUACUGCCAGACUCCCCAGAAUACAUUUUUUGAAAAGCUGCUUGCAUUCUCUGAGCUGUUCCUCUUGACUCUUUUUUUUUUUUUUUUUUUUUUUUUUUACUACUGUUAGGAACCUUAGGACACUGAAGACCUCAUCAAAACGAACAGAGAAGAUAAUCUGUUUUGCUAGAGAUGUUUAUGUGUUGUUUGUCUACAUAAGGUUUUUAAAAAGAGGAAGCUUUUCAUGGUCCCUAGCUUUGUGUUGGUCCCUCUCAAAACUGGUUGCUGCAUUUGUUCAUGCAGCCAAACUUUUUAUCUUCAAGUGUUGACUUAACAAUAAAUGGGAAGAAAGAGUGUCUUUCUUCUUAGUUACAGGAGCCAUAAAUAGAACCAUCUAGAUAACAUUUUAAGUGACUCUUUAGAAGGGACCCACAGGUAACAGUGAUAGGCCAUAGGGUUUGUGUAGGUUGAAACUCUGAAAAGAGUUCUUUUACUAGGCUUGGUCAUGGAAAAAUUAGAGUGUAUGCCAUCAAUUUAUACCUGUCUCCUUGAAGAACAUUUUAUGUGCCAGUAAGAGUUAUAACAAUAGCAUAGAAUUUCCAUUUCUGUGAUCUCAAGCUGUUUGGACAAGGUUACAUUGUAGUAUUAAUUUAUACUUGGGGGUUGUUCAAAUCUCAGUUCUCUUUAGUCAUAGAAACAAGCUUUGGACUCGUAAAGGGGUCCUCUAAUAAUGCAAUUCUUAGGGUUUGUUCAAACUUGAGAACUCUUUUAAGAGUUGCAUCACUGAUAUAAUUUGAAAGGGAUUUUU